UUGAGACCAUCAGGAAUACACACCUUUAACGUGUAAGAGGAGAGGACCAAAUAGGAGAAUUGCACAGAUUUUUCAAGCUUUUAACCAGUCUUCCAGGAAACAAAAGCUUCACCUCUACACCACAGCAGGAGCGCAGAAGGGAAAGGCGAGCGAGAGGAGGGAGAGAGAGAGAGAGAGAGAGAGAGAGAGAGAGAGAGAGCAGCACUAGGAAAAAUGCUGUGCCAGAUUGAUCCUACUGAACGCGUAGGCAAGGAAAUACUGUCGUUUUCUGUUUCAAACAUGAUCUAGAGGGAGGUCUGAACAUCCUCCAUGCUUCUCGGGUACGGAUGCCCUUCUGUAUCUCCCCAUUUUUGUGAGCCGGUGCGGUACGUUUGGGGGCCGUGUAAUGUCUGAUUGAGUGUAUCAAUGCUGCUGCUGAGUGGAUCUCUGUGGUCGUGGAAAAAAACUAGGCCUUGUUUGCCUGCUGUUCUCCACACAGGGAACGCCGAGCACGGCUGAGUGCCUCAGCCUGUUGGGACCGUGAAGAGAGAGAGAGAGAGAGAGAGGGAGAAGCUCACCAUCUGCAUGCCCGUCGGAAGCAGCAUGCUUAAUAGAGACAUCCAUUACCAAAGGCCGUGCACAGGCAGGCAGGGGCUAUAAUGCCAGGAUGGUAGCCUAGUAAAUUCAUUUCCAACCCUUUAAAUUGUCUGGACUAAAAAGCACUGUUUUUUUUCUCUCGAUACUUUCACAAUUUACUUGAAUGUUGCUGUAAUACUUCCUGUCUCGUUUAUCACAGUCUUCCUUUAUUUGCUCGCCAGUUGCUUUCUUCCACUUGACAUUCUGAAAAUUUGCCAAAACCUGUUUCAUGCAUGUCCACUGGAGGCAGGUUUGACUUUGAUGAUGGGGGGUCGUACUGUGGAGGGUGGGAGCAGGGCAAGGCGCAUGGCCGAGGGGUGUGCACGGGGCCCCAGGGCCAGGGCGAGUACGCAGGGGCCUGGAGCCAUGGCUUUGAAGUUCUUGGAAUUUACAUUUGGCCCAGUGGGAACAGUUACAGGGGAACCUGGGCGCAGGGCAAAAGGCAUGGCAUUGGUGUUGAGAGCAAAGGGAGGUGGGAGUACAGGGGUGAAUGGACACAAGGGUUUAAGGGCAGGUAUGGGAAAUUGGAAAGCACGAGCAGCGGCUCCUGUUAUGAGGGCACCUGGAGUAAUGGCUUACAGGAUGGAUAUGGCUCUGAGACCUAUUCAGAUGGAGGUACAUACCAAGGCCAGUGGUUGAGUGGUAUGCGUCAUGGCUAUGGUGUCCGACAGAGCGUGCCUUAUGGCAUGGCAGCCAUCAUCGUCUCCCCCAUGUGCACAUCCAUAAACUCGCUUCGCUCCGAUCACAGCGAAGGGGCCCCCACACCAGAAGAUGGCUCUGGUGUCAGCGGGGUCUCCGGGAGUCCGGUGGGGCGCAGCGGCUUUGUACUUUGUGUCCAAAGUGAAUCAGACAGGCACAGGAAGAGGAAGGGGCGCUUCAGACAGUCCAUACUGAGUGGUCUGAAGUUACGUAGGUCUGAAUCCAAGAGCUCUCUGGCCAGCCAGUUAAGCAAGCAGAGUUCCUUCUGCAGCGAGGCAGGUAUGAGCACCGUCAGCUCUGCCACGUCAGACAUCAACUCCAAUGUCAGUUUAGGUGAAGUCGAGGCAGGAGGCAGCGUGGAUGCCACCGUAACAGAAACAUAUGCUGGCGAAUGGAGGAAUGACAUGCGAUCCGGGUGGGGUGUUAGUCACCGCUCAGACGGGCUUCGCUAUGAAGGUGAGUGGUUUGGAAACAAACGGCACGGCUAUGGCUGCUCCACCUUUCCCGAUGGAACCAAGGAGGAGGGAAAGUACAAGCAAAAUGCUCUGGUGAGUGGCAAGCGGAAAAACCUAAUACCACUCCGUACCAGCAAAAUCCGUGAAAAGGUGGAUCGUGCUGUGGAGGCUGCUGGGAAAGCUGCAGACAUUGCCAGGCAGAAGGCUGAGAUUGCAUUGUCCAGGAUGAGCCAUGCUAGAGGAAAGGCAGAGGCUGCGGAGGGAGUCGCACAAAGAGCCCUGGAGGAGUGUCGUCUGGCCAGGACCUUUGCUAAAGAACUCUCCCCCUCUUUCCAUCACUAUGGGAAUGGACUGGAUUGCCAGAGACCAAAGCAUCAGGACCGGAAAGAAAAAGACGUGGAGGUGACCUCCACUGGCACAGACAGUCCUGAGCUCUGCACACCAGACACAACACCCCCAGCCCAGACGCCCGACCUGAGCCCAGUUCUGAGCAACCCCUCUUUGCUCCCUUGCAGUCCGCCUACUCAUCGCACCAGAAAUGCUUGCUUCAUGCGCCAGAGGGCUGUGGACGAACAAGGAGGCGCUGAGAUCCAGGUUCUCGUAGAAGGUAGAGGCACGGACAGCCUGAGAGGUGGAGCAAACAGCUGGACCGCUGACAUGUAUCCUCACAGAAGGGGCAGCAAAGGAGAGAGCAGUCGCUCCACAACUCCAUCCCUACUGGAAGAGGAGAUCGGUCACAUUAAUGGGCAUGAGCAAAACUCCUCAACGCAUCAUCCAUGGGAGAAUGGUUCCUCGAAUCACAAGCCCCUUGAGCAUAUGGCCCCUGAGAAAGUGUGGGAUCAAAUCUCCUCCAAUCAAAAGCCCCGGAAGCAUGUUUCCUUAAAUCAAAAAUCCAGGGAACAAAUAAUUUCCAGGGAAAGAGACUGGGAGCAUACACCACCCAAUCAGAACUCAACUGUUGAGUGUGACUCUUCCAAGUACAAACAACAGGUGCACAUAUAUUCCAACCACAAGGGUCAUAAUUUAUCCAAUCAAAAGACCAAUGAGCAUGCUUCCACCAAUCACAAACCAAAGGACUUUAUUUCUACAAACGAAAAAACUCAUGUUUCCUACCAUUAUAACCCCCAAGAGCAUGUUUCCUCCUAUCACAAACAACACGAGCAUGUCCACUCCAACCACAAGCCAAGAAAGUCCUUCACCAAUCACAAGAUCGGUGAGCCUAGCUUAAAUGCCUUCCAGCCGUCGGGCCGUGGAGCCAGCAACUCCACCCUGGGAUGGACUGUUGAAAACAAUUCCCAGUGGAUCUCAUCCCAUUCUCAUGUGCAGGAAAAAGAAGGCGAAAAUGAUUAUCGGGUUGAAAUGAAGUUCCAGCCCCUAGACUCCAUUUCUCAACAGAACGUUGGCUCUGGCAUGAAAUGCUCGAGUCUCCAAGGGCACAAUUUGCAGAGACUACGUCAGCGAAACCACGAAGGGAAAAAAUGGGGUCUUGCAGCCAGGGAGGGGUCCAUGGACUCUGUGCAGAUGCUCGACACCUUGAAUGUCGGGGUAGACGUGGAGGAAUGGCCUUUGCACAGGGAAAUCACUCUUUCACCCCCUUUAGCAUCCUCUCCAGAAACCCUGGACCAAGAUAUAGAGCAUCUGAACCUGAUGAAGACAAACUCAGGCUCAAGCUCUGUCCUGGUGGUCAUGGUGAUUUUACUCAACAUUGGUGUAGCCAUUUUGUUCAUUCAUUUCUUUAUUUAAACACAUGGCCUAUAGAAUGUCAAUAACAGCAUUGUCAUCAAGAUUAAGAUAUGCACAGGAUGCACACUUAGCACCACCUCUUACUAUAAGGAACCCAAAAACGACAGUAGUAAAUAGCUGUGUAAGUUGGGGCAAGCCCAUGUAAACUUCCUUUAUGGUUCGAUUUAUUAUAUAAUUCCAUCAUAAUCCAUUAGUUAACUUUGCUCAUUUAUUUUCCUUGAUUCACAAUAAAAAUAAAAAAAAUAAAUAAAAAAAA